AACCAAGUGCUUAGUUUUUAUUUGGUGGUAUUUUCCAGAAGUGCGUGGUCCAGUCUUGAUGAAAAAUAUUCAUGUCUAUGGGCGGCGCCUGUGGCUCAGGGAGUAGGGCGCCAGCCCCAUAUACUGAGGGUGGCGGGUUGGAACCCGGCCCCGGCCAAAAUUGCAACAAAAAAUAGCCGGGCGUUGUGGCAGGCGCUUGUAGUCCCAGCUACUUAGGAGGCUGAGGCAAGAGAAUCGCCUAAACCCAGGAGUUGGAGGUUGCUGUGAGCUGUGACGCCACAGCGCUCUACUCAGGGCGAUAAAGUGAGACUGUCUCAAAAAAAAAUUUUUUUUCAUGUCUCGCCCCUGGCUGUUUCGCCUUUGAUAGCUUUCCACAAAGAACUGGGGUAGGGAGAGCAGAGGGUAGUGGGCUCUGGGGUAAGGGCCCAGGGCCCAGGGCCCAGGCAGGCAGCGCGGGGCCGGGAACCGGAGGCGGGCGCAGGUCGGGGGAAGUGCGUGGCCCCAGGAGGUAGGAGUCGGGGGAGGAUGUCAGAUCCUCACCGCCCACCCCUCGCCCCGGCUGGUUUCCGCUUUGCCGCCGCCUCGUAGGGGCAGGAAGCCGCGCGCCAGUCUCGGGAGCCCCCUGCCCCCGUAGCCAGGCCCGGGAAAUCCGCCACGGCCCCGCCCCGGCCCCGCCCCGCCGCCCCUGCAGCCGCGCUCGCUCGGCUCAGCUCCGGCUCCGGCGCUGGGCGCGGGGCUGGGCCCCGGCCGAGCGGCGGCCGCUCCGGACAUGUCGGGCCCCCGCUCCGGUUUCUACCGGCAGGAGCUGAACAAGACGGUGUGGGAGGUGCCGCAGCGGCUGCAGGGCCUGCGUCCGGUGGGCUCCGGCGCCUACGGCUCGGUCUGUUCGGCCUACGACACGCGGCUGCGUCAGAAGGUGGCAGUGAAGAAGCUGUCGCGCCCCUUCCAGUCGCUGAUCCACGCGCGGAGGACGUACCGUGAGCUGCGGCUGCUGAAGCACCUAAAGCACGAGAACGUUAUCGGGCUUCUGGAUGUUUUCACGCCGGCCACUUCCAUCGAGGACUUCAGCGAAGUGUACUUAGUGACCACCCUGAUGGGCGCCGACCUGAACAACAUCGUCAAGUGUCAGGCGCUGAGCGACGAACACGUUCAGUUCCUGGUUUACCAGCUGCUGCGCGGGCUGAAGUACAUCCACUCUGCUGGGAUCAUCCACCGGGACCUGAAGCCCAGCAACGUGGCUGUGAAUGAGGAUUGCGAGCUCAGGAUCCUGGACUUUGGGCUUGCGCGCCAGGCAGAUGAGGAGAUGACUGGAUAUGUGGCCACACGCUGGUACCGGGCCCCUGAGAUCAUGCUGAACUGGAUGCACUACAACCAGACAGCUCCCUCCCCUCCCUCCCCAACAGUGGACAUCUGGUCUGUGGGCUGCAUCAUGGCUGAGCUGCUCCAGGGAAAGGCCCUCUUCCCAGGAAGUGACUACAUUGACCAGCUGAAGCGCAUCAUGGAAGUGGUGGGCACACCCAGCCCCGAGGUUCUGGCAAAGAUAUCCUCAGAACAUGUCCUUCUUGUGUGUCCCCAGGCCCGGACAUACAUCCAGUCCCUGCCCCCCAUGCCCCAGAAGGACCUCAGCAGCAUCUUCCACGGAGCCAACCCUCUGGCCAUAGAUCUCCUUGGAAGGAUGCUGGUGCUGGACAGUGACCAGAGGGUCAGUGCAGCUGAGGCUCUGGCCCAUGCCUACUUUAGCCAGUACCAUGACCCUGAGGAUGAGCCAGAAGCAGAGCCUUAUGAUGAGAGCAUCGAGACCAAGGACCGGACGGUGGAGGAGUGGAAGGAGCUCACCUACCAGGAAGUCCUCAGCUUCAAGCCCCCAGAGCCACCAAAGCCUCCCAGCAGCCUGGAGAUUGAGCAGUGAGGCAAGGCACUGCUCCACAGCCACCAUCGAAUCUAUGGAGCGGCCAAAGCCUGCACGUUCCUUUAGUGGGUUGGGUUUCUUGGAGAGCUAUCCACUACAGUCCUAUGGCCAGGCAUCCCUGACCCCUGGCUUGGGACCUCUUGAGGAGCGACUGUAAAAUCUGGCUGCACAAACAUUUGUGCAUAUGUGCAUGCCAUGUGCAGGAGUCUGGGCACAAGUGUCCUUGGGCCUACCUUGGUCCUCCUGCCCCCUCCUGGCCACUGGACUCUCCCUUGGCACCUCACCGUGGAGGGACCUGGAUGCCACAGAGGUCCUGUUGCAGAGUGUAUCUGUUUCUGUAUCUCUGUCCCAGAGAGCUAUGGGGGAUACUACACUGGUGGUUGCUGAGACCCACAAAUCUAAGAGCUAAGGCAGGCCCAGUGAACCACUAGGCUCAGCAGGAUCUUCUCUGGGAGGUAGCAGGGCAGGACAACCACCGGGUAUCAAAUGAGAAAGGCUGCCUGGGCCCACCUGUGGUAUGUGUGAGCACAUGUACAUGAGCAUAUGGUCCCAGUGUUCAUGUGUCAGGACACAUGCUGGUGUGUGUGAAUCUGUGGGCACCCAAGGGCCGGCAGCUGUGGCAAGUGGCAGGAAGCCUAAGUUUGGGUAGAUGUACUGCUGCCACCCCUUCCCUUAGUUCCUGAUGCCACAAUUGGUGAUGAGAGUCAGGCUAGGGGUUCCAGUGGGCAUGUGAGCAAAAGCUGGCACUUUCUCCUUUGACCCAGAGCUACAGCUGGCCCCUGAGGCGUGAGAACAUACUCCACUGGGGCACCUUUGUGGGGGUGGAGUGCAGCUGUGAGGAUGCUAAAAGUAGGCAGCAUGCAUGGAUGGGAACAUGGACUUGGACACCUCUGCCUUGGACCUUGGCCCAAAGCUGACAUGCCUCCGCCUGCUGUCUGCCUCUGCCCAUAAUGCAGCUGGAGGUCUGAGAUGCUCUGGCCUGCUGGUCAGCACUCAUCUUCCAUUCUCCCAGAAUGGAACUAAUGGAGUAAUCUCUGGGAUAGGACUGCUCAGAGUUGCCAGGUGUGCUCCUCCCUGAAGAGGGGGUGGCCUCUUUCCUGGAAGUGUCCAGGGAGGUUUGAGGCUGAGGGCCUGCACAGGGGUGCACAAUAAAGAAGAUGUCUCCUGGCUUGGUGCCCCGUAGCUCAGUGGGAAGGGUGCCGGCCACAUACACUGAGACUGGUGGGUUGGAACCUGGCCCAGGCCUGAUGAACAACAAUGAC